AUGCGAGAUCUCCGCGCCACAAAUUCCCUUCAUGCCCUUCGUGGGUGGCGGAAUGAGGAAUACGGCGUAUAUGUGCACGAUCGUGCCAAGGCGUUAUUCGCCAUUGAGCGUUCGGCAUCCUCUUUGUUGGGCAUUUCUCGGUACGGCUGCCAUGUGAACGGCUAUUUUGUACAGCGAACGGAUCCAGCCCGUGGACGAGGUGAGUACGCGGAGAAUGGACCAUCGGACCUCAACGGAAUCAGUCCCAAAUUCGCUCCUGAAUGGACCACCGAUCCAUCGCGGGUGAUGAUGUGGCUGGGUGUGCGUUCCUUGAGCAAACCCACCUGGCCCGGUAUGCUGGAUAACAUGGCCGCCGGUGGUCUCACUUUCGGUCUCAACGUGAUGGAAUGUGCUCGCAAAGAGUGCAAAGAAGAAGCCAGUAUACCCGAAGCACUUCUUGACAAACUCAAACCUGUCAGUCGACUCAGCUAUAUAUUUGAAGACGAGCGCCGAGUUUGCCCUCAAGUAGAGCACUGUUUUGAUCUGGAAGUUACCCACCACAUUGUCCCAGUUGGAGCGGAUGGAGAAGUGGACAGUUUCCAGUUGGUCAGUGUCGCCCAGGUGAAGGAGGUCAUUCUUAGUGAACAAUCCAAAUCAAACUCUGCCUUAGUGGUCCUUGAUUUUCUCUAUCGACACAAGUUUAUCGAUGCGGAUUCAGAUCCUCGUCACAAUGACAUUCUGUCCUUGAUGCAUGUCCAAUUCGAGUUCGGUUGA